GCCCGAGUUGCGCCAUUUUGAAAGUGUGAACGCUGGGAGAGGCAGAGGCGAGGGAAAUCUCAAAGUAGAGAGCAAAGUCUGAAAGACACCACUCGGGUUUGUACUUUACUUUCCUCGCUCGGAAACUGCUUCGGGACGUCUGUGUCGCCCGGGCACUGGGACUUGUUCGGUGAGCGGAGUCCCGAGCACCACUUCCCCGCUUCAUUCCUCCGCUGCUCCUCGGUCAGAACCGCCCAACCGACCCGGGUCAGCGGCACUGCCCUGCUCCAAGUCCAGGGCCCGAGCCCGCUACAGAUACCCCCUCCGUCCGCGCCAUGGCAGGGGCCGGUGGUGGGAACAGUGAUGUGCAGUGGUGCUUCUCUCAAGUCAAAGGAGCCAUAGAUGAUGAUGUCGCAGAAGCGGACAUCAUUUCUACGGUUGAAUUCAACCACUCUGGGGAGCUGCUAGCCACUGGGGACAAGGGAGGUCGUGUUGUCAUCUUUCAGCAGGAGCCAGAGAGUAAGAAUCAGGAACAGUGCCGAGGAGAGUACAAUGUUUACAGCACCUUCCAGAGCCACGAGCCUGAGUUUGACUACCUGAAAAGCCUUGAGAUUGAGGAGAAGAUCAACAAGAUUCGAUGGCUGCCUCAGAAAAACGCUGCACAGUUCCUUUUGUCUACAAAUGACAAAACCAUAAAGCUGUGGAAAAUUAGUGAGCGUGACAAGAGACCAGAGGGCUACAAUCUGAAGGAAGAAGAUGGCCGCUACAGAGAUCCCAACACUGUCACAAAACUACGGGUACCCGUGUUCAGGCCCAUGGACCUGAUGGUGGAAGCCAGCCCUAGACGAGUGUUUGCGAAUGCUCACACUUAUCAUAUCAACUCAAUCUCAGUCAACAGUGAUUGUGAGACCUACCUGUCUGCAGAUGACCUGCGCGUUAACCUCUGGCAUCUGGAGAUCACAGAUCGCAGCUUCAAUAUUGUUGACAUAAAACCAGCCAAUAUGGAGGAGUUAACAGAGGUGAUCACAGCUGCGGAGUUUCACCCCAACCAAUGCAACACCUUUGUCUACAGCAGCAGCAAAGGCACCAUUCGUUUGUGUGACAUGAGGGCAUCAGCCCUGUGUGACAACCACGCCAAAAUAUUUGAAGAGCCAGAGGAUCCGAACAAUCGCUCGUUCUUUUCUGAAAUCAUCUCAUCCAUCUCUGAUGUAAAGUUCAGCCACAGUGGACGCUACAUGAUGACCCGAGACUACCUGACUGUCAAAAUCUGGGAUCUCAACAUGGAGAGCCGACCAGUAGAGACAUACCAGGUGCAUGAAUAUCUCAGGAGUAAGUUGUGUUCACUCUAUGAGAACGACUGCAUCUUCGACAAGUUUGAAUGCUGCUGGAAUGGCAACGACAGCGUUGUGAUGACGGGUUCCUACAACAACUUCUUCAGGAUGUUUGACCGAGGCUACCGGCAGGACGUGACCUUAGAGGCGUCACGGGAGAACAGCAAGCCGCGAUCAGUCCUGAAGCCCCGCAAAGUGAGCACAGGUGGGAAGCGCAAAAAGGAUGAGAUCAGUGUUGACAGUCUUGACUUUAACAAGAAGAUCCUCCACACUGCCUGGCAUCCUUUGGACAACAUCAUUGCUGUGGCCACCACCAACAAUCUAUACAUAUUCCAGGAAAAACUCAACUAGCAUCUGUUGAGCCGCUCAGAUCCCAGUUUCUGCCUGAGACCCACUGCUCUGAUACACACGCAAAACAAACAUCCGUCUGUCUUUGACUAAAUCCCCAAGUCUUGCUAGGAUCUGCCCGUAGUUCUUUAAGUUUUGAGCCUUUUUCAACAACAAACCGUGGCAUUAACACAUUACGUCCAAGCUGACCCCCAUAAGCAAGUUUUUCAUGUGUAUUACAUUAACCUAACAUAAACAUGCAGAUCUGAGACCAGACUUUGGGACUUGGUGUCAAGGGUUCCUCCACUAGAAUCACUCCAUUCACAAAGUUUCUGUUUGCAGCUCCACUACAUCCCAAACCAAAGGGAAAACGUGUUCCCCACACACACACACACACACAUACACACAUAGUUGGUUAGUUUGUUCUGUUAUUCUUUUGUGCCAUUGUGACAUGAUUCAUGAUUCAUAUGUCAUAGCUACCAAUUGUCCAAUAGUUUUUGUAGCUAACAUGUGUUAUUAUUUUCAAAAGGAGGUUCUUCUGUUUAUCUGUCACCAUGCUCCUUUUCACACAGACCUGAAACACUGCUAAUACAAGCUGUCAACACUCCAUAUCCAAAUAUUUGUAUUUUUGCCAAGUUCACACAAACUUUAUGUACACAAAUGAUGGCCAUGUUUAUUUGCAUUUAGGCAGAAAAGUCAAAUCUUAACUCAAAUGUCCACAAGAGAUGCAUUCAGGAUGACAAUGUCAAGGAAUUGUUCUGUAGUAGUAAAUUUGCAAGCAAUGAAACUACUAUAACAUCUGCUGAUGAAAGAGUAAAAUCUGCCUUUUAAUGCAGGAAAUAAUGAACUACAAUUAAUCCCUUUAAUAACAGGUAUGUUUCUGAAAAUGUGUCUCCAGUGUAAGAGUUUCUGACACAACUGAGAUGAGUGUCCUGAGCAGAAUCCGGUUUUCAGAACAUUCGCUGGUCUCAGUUGCAUUGACAGAAUCUGACUAAACGUUCACUGAGAACCUGAUUGGUCCAUUUAAACUUAACAGGAAUGCAUGUGUAAUUUCUUGUUAAUGAGCUAAAACAUUUAAAAAGAAGUCUUACGUAGUCCUUUUAACAUAGACACAAUAAUGGUGUGUGCUUGUCUGGCAUUGUGUUAUUGGAAGUUGAACAGGGGCUGAUCAUGCCAAAGUAACUAGUCCUCUUCACUCUGAAGUUAGAAUCGUUUAAAACUGUCUUUUAGAAAAGCUUCCGUCGGUCAGAUCGCACACCCUCUCACAUGUGGGGACCACGAUCAGAGCUCAGGACAGAAGAUUAUAAACAUGGCGUGCUGUGGCCUGAUCCUCUUGUGGUCAUUUGCAACAUCGUUGAGCGCCGCCAUCAGCUUCCCCACAUAGAGCAUGUCAUGUAGAUUGAUCGCUUUACCCUCUGGAUCUUCUGUUUGUAGAGUUCUGUUUUUUUAUGAUGUUUUGUACCGUACCUGAUAAAAGAAGAGUAACCACUAUAGCUGAUUUAUUUUUGUAUAAAUGAAAGCAAUAGGAUUACAGUCUGAUCACUGUAGUUUCUUUAGCUGUCUAUCUCAGACUGAUUGUAGAUGGAAGGUCACUUGACAGUCAGGUGACCUUUUCGUAUUGACUGUAUGACUUUGGGACGUUUUGUUCAUUCUGGCAGGUAUUUGUUUUGAGAGCGAGAGACUUUUUGUGACAUCGGGGAGGUGUUGUCGUUCCUGACAUGGGAUGUCCGCAGAAAAGUAUUUUCAGGUGGUGUCAGUAUCUCCAUAGUCACAAGCACUUAACAGUUUAUUUUUUUAAUUUGGCUGACUGUAACUAUUUGGGAAAACCUUUUUGGACUCUUCAGAUAUAUAUCCUUCCUAAGACGAUUAAGAUCUUAAAGUUCUGUUACUGUGCCAUGGUUCUGUUUAUGAAUAAUUGUUGCUUUUUGUGAAAAGAAUGGGUCCUUGUGGGCCUAAGUGGGGAAAGGCAUUUUAAUCAACAAUUCAUAUUAAAACUGUUAAAUCAAGCUCUCUCUAAAGCUAGUCAAGUCAAUUGACUAGGUAGAGUUACUGAUGAUGAAAUGUCUUCUCUCUCCUGUGAUGCAGGGUUAAUUCUCCUAUACAAAUGUGUUUAUUUAAAAAGGAGAAUUUGUGAAGCACUUAGUUUGCAGACAAUUAUUGUAUCAAAGAUGUCAUUAACAACUGUACUGAGCAAAUUAACUCGGCUGUGUCUCUGCUGCACUACGCUUCGGUCAUAUGCUGCCCCUUUACUUUGGAGCAACUCUUUUCACUUCAUUACAUUGUUCUGGUGAUUGCUUAAGCCAUUGAAUCAGGGCAUGCAGGUCCACUGGGCCACAAUUAUGUGUCAGUCCUACAACGGAGAACUGAUUUCCAAAAUGACUACCCAUCUCCAAAUGUGAGGUUAAGCUACUGUCUCUCUCUCUCUCAGGGCUCUGGGUUACGUCCUCUGGUAAUAAGACACUUGGCUUUUUUCAUUUUCUCUUGCAACCUUUUAAAAAAGUGUUUCUUUAUCGUCUGCUGCAAGUUUGUGUGAGGGUGGUUCAAGUUAUUUGCCUCAUGUCAUAUAUGUAAAAAAACCUGUACAAUGUGGCACCUUUGUCCCAUUCCACAGUCAAAGAUAUUCAGUCAGUUCGUAAACAAUCAAAAGCUUUGGCCUGUCAUAUAAAUGAAGCGUUUGCUCACUCACUAUUGAGUAAUUAUUGUUCUAAACAUCUGUUGUGACAAAUGUUUGAAGAUGCAAAAAUCUAUACAGAGAGGUUACACAGAUCAGAAUUGAGUUUUUUUUUUAUUAAGUAAAUAUUCUCAUUGGCUUUUCCAACAUCCCAUCUUUGCAGACACAGCAACACAACUAACAAAACAGUCUUUUUCAAUUUCCCCUCAUGUCUCCAUAGCUUUUAUUGAAGCUAUGGUAUAAACCACAAAGAUGUUCACAACAACCCAAAUUGCCUUUCUUAUAGCAUUAAAGAGGAAAUAUAAUCAAGUAUGUUUCUUGAACUUUCUGGCAUGCCAGACAGGAGACUGCUCAGGGGAAUUUACUGCUGCUCCGUGAUCAAACCUUGUACCUGCAAAGCCGGCAGCUUCUCAGGAAAACUGCCUUACUCAGAGGUAGAUCAUGGUAGACGAUACUUCUUUUUUUUUUUUUUUUUACAUUUAAGUUUUCUGUAGUGUCUUUUGGAGCAUGAACCUUGCUCUUCAUACAGAUUUAAUAAAGGAUCAUUAAAUCUCAAGGAAGCUGUUUAAAUUGGAGUAAUGAGUUUUUUUAUAUACAUGUCUAAUGUAUCACAAGAGCAAAAUGCACUUUUAUUUUUGUGAAUUUCAUUAAUUUGUAUCGUUUAUUUCUUUCAUGGGGCUCUUGAAUAAAGAUUGUAGGAGAGCUUCGGUGAUCUGUUUAAAUGGUUCAUUGUACAGCUUGGUUUGUCGAAUGUAAUAAAGAACAAUUUAGAUGAAAA